CCAUACGGACCUACAUCCUCUGCUUCUCUUCUCUCCUGUUCAUCUCUCUCUCUCGCUCUCCCUCUGCCAAAUCCCAGUUACCUCCAACAUGGGAAGAUCACCUUGCUGCGACAAGAAUGGUCUCAAAAAGGGACCCUGGACUCCUGAAGAGGAUCAGAAACUCAUUGAUUAUAUCCAGAAAAAUGGCUAUGGAAACUGGAGGACACUUCCUAAAAAUGCCGGGCUGCAAAGGUGCGGUAAAAGCUGCCGUCUCCGGUGGACUAACUACCUGAGGCCAGAUAUCAAGAGGGGUCGUUUCUCUUUCGAAGAGGAGGAGACAAUAAUUCAGCUCCACAGCAUCUUGGGUAACAAGUGGUCUGCCAUUGCUGCUCGCCUGCCUGGAAGGACUGAUAAUGAAAUCAAGAACUACUGGAACACCCACAUUAGAAAAAGGCUACUGAGAAUGGGAAUUGAUCCAGUGACUCACAGUCCUCGCCUCGAUCUUCUUGACCUGUCAUCAAUUUUAAGCACGUCUCUCUACAAUUCCUCACACAUGAACGUUUCGAGGUUUCUCGGGAUGCAACCACUCGUCAAUCCGGAGCUUCUAAGGCUAGCCACAUCCCUCAUGUCCUCUCAGCGAGAAAAUCCAAACUUUCUCCUUCAGAAUGUCCAAGAAAACCAGCUGUGCAAUGCCCAAGUCCAAAACUCAUUCACACACUUGGUCCAACCUAACCAAAUUCAAACCCCAAUUCAAGAAAUUCCAGCUUGUAACCCAUUAAGUAGUUCGUUUUCUAAUGAAUCGCAAGUCAUGGAGCCAAAUGCAGAACAAUUCCCAUCAAAUAUCACAGAUUUUAGCUCCCAAAAUUCUCAACUGAUCAGCGAUUGGCAAAGCAACGGAUUGCCUAGUGAUCUAAGUGAAGAGUACUACGUCCCUCAUCCGAGCUCUGUAGGCUAUUACGGGUCCGAACAAACCAUCAUGGAUCCCUCCUCUGACAACUCAGUUUUUCAGUCCAACAACAACUUCAGCUUCGCCUCCGUUCUAUCGACGCCUUCCUCAAGCCCAACGCCUUUGAAUUCAAAUUCAACCUACAUAAACAGCAGCACAGAGGAUGAAAGGGAGAUCAGCUACGGAAGCAACAUGUACUUGAAGUUCGAAACUCCUGAUCAUCUCUUGGAUGUUAACUACGAAAUGAUGUAAUUCAGAAUCAAACUGAAGGAAAAGUUAAAUUUUUAGUCUUCUUGGCUUUGGCUUCAGUGUUGAAUAUUGUUGAUAUUAGUAUAAAUUUCUGAUCUUUUUCCUGCAACUUUCUAAGGUAAGCUGUAUGAGGAAGCAAGAUCCUCCCCUUUGUUUUUAGUAUCACGGAAAGUUUCCAUUUAUAAUAUCUUAUGCACCUGUCUUUUUUUUCCUUUU